AUGCCCUGUAUAAUACAUAGUCUGCCCUGUAUAAGACAAAACAUGCCCUGUAUAAUACAUACCAGAUUUAGGAGUCAGGUACCUCUUGAUGAAGAGUGGAAGAAAGAAGCAGCAAAAGAGCUUCGGGGGAAAGAUGUUGAGGAAACUCUCAUAUGGAGAACAGCUGAGGGUAUCAACAUUAAGCCGGUUUAUACCACUGCAGAUACAGCUGAUAUUGCUCCAGAAAUUCCUGGCAAAUUUCCAUAUACACGAGGUGUCUACUCUACAAUGUACACCCACAGACCUUGGACCAUUAGACAGUAUGCAGGGUUCAGUACAGUGGAAGAAAGCAACAAGUUUUACAGGAACAACAUCAAAGCUGGACAACAGGGUCUUAGUGUAGCAUUUGACUUGCCCACACACAGAGGCUAUGACUCAGAUAAUCCUCGUGUGACGGGAGACGUAGGCAUGGCAGGCGUGGCUAUUGAUUCAGCUGAGGACAUGAAACUGUUGUUUGAAGGCAUCCCUCUGGAUAAGAUCUCCACAUCUAUGACCAUGAAUGGAGCAGUGCUGCCAAUUCUAGCCAUGUACAUCAUUGCUGGAGAAGAGCAGGGAGUAAAGCAAGAAGACUUGGCUGGAACAAUUCAGAAUGAUAUCCUAAAAGAGUUUAUGGUGAGAAACACAUACAUCUACCCUCCUGAACCAUCUAUGAGAAUUAUAGGGGAUAUUUUUGAGUACACAUCAAAGUAUAUGCCUAAAUUCAACUCAAUAUCCAUUUCUGGGUAUCAUUUGCAAGAAGCUGGAGCAGAUGCUGUAUUGGAAUUGGCCUUUACCAUUGCAGACGGCCUUGAGUAUGUGAGACAAGGUGUGAACAGAGGUCUGGAUGUGGACAAGUUUGCUCCCAGGUUGUCCUUCUUCUGGGGUGUAGGCAUGAACUUUUAUUUGGAAAUUGCCAAGAUGCGAGCUGGACGCAAACUGUGGGCAACACUCAUGAGGGACAAAUUUCAUGCAAAAUCUUCCAAAUCAUUGCUUCUUCGGGCCCAUUGCCAGACCUCUGGGUGGUCAUUGACUGAACAGGACCCAUAUAACAACAUAAUCCGUACAACAAUUGAAGCUAUGGCUGCCGUAUUUGGUGGCACCCAGUCCCUGCACACAAAUUCAUUUGACGAGGCCCUGGGACUUCCAACUGUCUUCAGUGCUCGCAUUGCCAGAAACACACAGUUAAUUCUUCAGGAAGAAUCUGGCAUACCAAAAGUAGCUGACCCAUGGGGAGGAUCUUACAUGAUGGAAAGCUUGACUAGUGAAAUACAUGAUGCCGCCCUGAAAGUAAUUAAUGAAGUAGAAGAUAUGGGGGGAAUGGCCAAGGCUGUUGCCUCAGGCAUGCCAAAGUUGAAAAUAGAGGAGUGUGCAGCUCGACGGCAAGCCAGAAUAGACACCAGUGCAGAAGUGAUAGUUGGUGUGAACAAAUACAGACUCCCAGAACAAGAAACAGUUGAUGUCCUCAGUAUUGACAACACAGCAGUUAGAGAGAAACAGUGUGCUCGUCUGGCUUCAGUGAAGGCUUCCAGAGAUUCAGAGAAGGUUAAACAAGCUCUAGAAGCCCUCACCCAAUGUGCCAGAACUCGUGAAGGAAACCUGCUGGCCUUGAGCAUUGAGGCAGCCCGUCAUAGGGCCACAGUAGGAGAAAUCUCUGACGCUUUGGAGGAGGUGUUUGGCCGUCAUGUUGCUACUGACCGUUUGGUCAGUGGAGCCUACAAAACUGAAUUUGGUGAAGCUGAAGAGUUGCAGGCGGUUACAGAAAGGGUGAAGAAAUUUAUUGAGUUAGAAGGCAGGCGUCCUCGUAUUUUGGUUGCCAAAGUGGGUCAGGAUGGGCAUGAUCGAGGUGGUAAGGUCAUUGCUACAGGUUUUGCUGACCUUGGAUUUGAUGUUGAUGUGGGAGCUUUGUUUGCUACUCCUCGUGAAGCUGCCCAGCAAGCAAUAGAUGCUGAUGUUCACAUUGUUGGAGUGAGUUCCCUUGCUGCUGGCCACAAAACUCUGAUUCCUGAACUUAUUGAAGAGUUGAAACGCAUGGGUCGGCCAGACAUCAUUGUUAUUGCUGGUGGUGUGAUCCCGCCACAGGACUAUGACUUCCUGUACAAGGCUGGCUGUGCUGCCAUCUUUGGACCAGGCACCAGGAUCCCAGAUGCAGCUAUCAAAAUUCUGGAUGUGGUGCAGCAUGAGCUCAGUUCAAGUAACAAGAAGAAAUCAAUUCAGUGA